AAAACCCUAAGUCCAAACAAUUCUUUACUAUCAUUGCAACCGCCUCCUUUAAAAACCAAAAACCCUAACUUACUCUUUCUCUCCGCAUUCUCCUCAAGCAACUUUGACGCAGCUGCCAUUUUUUAUUUGCUCUCAGAAGCAGGAGCAGCUUGUAUUUGAAAAAUGGUGAGGGUGAGCGUUUUGAAUGAUGCACUCAAGAGCAUGUACAAUGCAGAGAAGAGGGGGAAACGGCAAGUGAUGAUCAGGCCGUCCUCUAAAGUUAUCAUCAAGUUCCUUUUGGUGAUGCAAAAGCAUGGUUACAUUGGAGAGUUUGAAUACGUAGAUGAUCAUAGAUCUGGUAAAAUCGUGGUUGAACUGAAUGGAAGGCUGAACAAGUGCGGUGUUAUCAGUCCUCGUUUCGAUAUUGGAGUGAAGGAGAUAGAGGGCUGGACUGCUCGUUUACUUCCUUCGAGACAGUUUGGCUACAUUGUGCUCACCACAUCUGCUGGAAUUAUGGAUCACGAAGAAGCCAGAAGGAAGAAUGUUGGUGGAAAAGUACUUGGCUUCUUUUAUUGAGAGACCCAAUUUCUAAGAAAUUUUAUCUAUUUUCGAUUGAACUCCUAUCGAGAUGGUGGCUAUCACUUAGUAGUUUGUCAGUCAUAUCAUGUUUUGUUUACUUUGUUUGGGAUUAUGAAUUGUUUGGUUUUCGGAUUUUAUUUGAUAAUAGUUGAAAGAGUAUUUUAUAUCUG